UGGGCUCGAGUGCCGCGCGGUGCGCGGCGGCUUCUGCGCGCUCGAGUUUCCCUUGUUUUCCAUCCCGAGCCGGCGCUGAAGAGAGGAAGGAUCGCAGCGAUGGCCGCCAGUGAUGCUGAUCGACCCCGCACGUGGCAGUUUUCAAAGACAAAAAUGUGCAAAUUCCACCUCGUUGGGAUGUGCAUGAAAGGCAACCAGUGCCCGUUCGCGCACGAGAAGUGCGAGCUCCGAGCAUUGCCGGACUUGACUUGCACCAAGCUGUGCAAGACCUUGAUACAGACAGGAGCCUGUACCGACGCCAACUGCACCUACGCCCACAGUAAGAAUGAGCUGCGAGCCACCAGUACAUUUCACAAGACGAAGCUCUGCCGGUUUUCCCAACUUGGGCAUUGUGCAUUGGGCUCCAAGUGCAAUUUCGCACAUUCGGAGGAGGAGAUCCGGCCUCUGGACACCAGCAAGUUGCCGGAGCCGCCGGUGGAGAUCACUCCGGAGCCGCGGCGUGAGAAGAUGCCGAAGGAGCUGAAGGCGCCCAGGCAGCUGCUGCAGCAGCAGAUGCUGCAGCAGCAGCAGCAACAGCAGCUGGAACAAAAGCAGAUGCAGCAGCAGAUCCAGCUGCAGCGGCAGCAGUUGCAGCAGCAGCAGUUGCAGCUCGUGGAGCAGCAGCAGCAGAACAAGCUGCUGGCGCUGGCGCUGCAGCACCAGCUCAUGAGCACAGUGGAAGCGCAUCCCGAACGGACGGAGCUGCGGCGCGGCACGCAGAAUGCUCUCAUCGACACCAUCAUGUGAUUCGCAUGUGUGUGUCCACUAGUUCCAAGCUCUUCGAGCAAACAAGUGCUCCUUGCGAAAUUUCACGGCCUUUCGGCUCCCGGUGGCCCAGGCAUUUUUCCCCAUGGG